GGUGGACUUUCACUUCCUUCUUUGAAAAGUUAUACUCUUUCUCAUAGGUUCUUCUUUGGUUGGGUAUAUGCCCGUAAGAUAACUCCUUCUUCUUCUUCUUCUUCUCUCUCUCUCAUUUCUUUUUAAUUCUUCUUUUCUGGGUAUAGUUUUAUUGUUGGGGUGGAAUAAUAAUAUUAAUCAGGAGGAGCUGAACAAUGGGCGGGAUUUGCUCGAGGAGCGGCGUCAAAGAUGAUGGGGUUGGGAAUGGCUAUGGCGGUGGUAAUCUCAACCAUUAUCAGAGCAAGGAUAUUCCUGUAAACGUCUUGAUGAAUCCACCCCAAGCGAGUGAAAUCGCUGAGAAGAGAAUCGAAGAAUCUGCUGAUGAUUUCUACGAUGGGAUUCCUCGUUUUACAACGGACAUGUCCCAGAAAUCUAGAUCAGUUAGGUCCACCCAGGCUGCUGUUGCCAAGGUUUCAGAGGUAAGUUCCCGUUUAGGCAAAGCUGGAUCAGUCGGACUAGGAAAAGCAGUGGAGGUAUUGGAUACUCUAGGGAGUAGCAUGACAAGUUUAAAUCCUAAUGCCGGAUUUGCUUCUGGAGUAGCAACUAAAGGCAAUGAACUUUCAAUAUUAGCCUUUGAGAUUGCAAACACUAUUGUUAAGGGUUCAAAUCUUAUGCAAUCCCUUUCUAGAAGAAACAUAAGACAUUUAAAAGAGGUGGUGCUGCUCACCAGUGGUGUUCAAAAUUUAGUAUCUAAAGAUAUGGAUGAACUCUUAAGGAUCGUUGCAGCUGACAAAAGGGAAGAAUUGAAAAUUUUUUCGGGAGAAGUAAUUCGUUUUGGAAACCGUUCAAAGGAUCGUCAGUGGCAUAGCUUGGAACGUUAUUUUGAGAAAAUCAGCAGAGAACUUUCACCUCAGAAACAAUUGAAGGAAGAAGCAGAAUUAGUGAUUGAGCAAUUGAUGAUUUCAGUUCAAUAUACAGCUGAACUAUACCAGGAAUGGCAGAUUCUGGACAAAUUUGAGCAAGAUUACUUGCGUAAGCGUCAAGAGGAAGAUAAUUCUUCUGGCACUCAGAAAGGUGAUAGCCUCGCUAUCCUGAGGGCUGAUCUAAAAAGCCAAAGAAAGCACGUUAGAAAUUUAAAGAAAAAGUCACUUUGGUCCAAAAGUUUGGAAGAGGUCAUGGAGAAACUUGUGGAUAUUGUUCAUUACUUGAUCUUGGAGAUCCACUAUGCCUUUGGUAGUAAUGAGUAUCAGAUAUCAGCCGAAGGAUCUCUGAGCAGUCGUCAAAGAUUGGGACCUGCAGGCCUUGCUUUGCACUAUGCAAAUAUAAUUAUGCAAAUUGAUACUCUUGUAGCCCGAUCAAGUUCUAUUCCUGCAAAUACAAGGGAUACGUUAUACCAGAAUUUGCCACCUUCCAUAAAAUCAGCUCUACGCCCAAAAUUACAAUCUUUUAAUGUCAAAGAAGAGCUUACUGUUAAAGAAGUCAAAGAUGAGAUGGAGAAGACGUUGCAUUGGCUUGUUUCACUAGCCACUAACACUGCCAAAGCCCAUCAUGGUUUUGGUUGGGUUGGGGAAUGGGCAAACACUGGUUCUGAGCUCAACAGGAAGCCUUCAGCUGGGCCAGCCGAUGUGAUCCGGAUCGAGACACUCUACCAUGCUGAUAAAGAGAAAACCGAAACCUACAUUCUUGAACAACUAUUAUGGCUCCACUAUUUGGUCAACAAAUCAAAGUCAAGUGUCGCUCUUGGCUUGGGGAAAUCUAUCAAAACCCAAAUUACACCCGCACAGAAGAAUGAGCAGCCCAAAACUGAGCCUACCAUCGGUCAAACGCCAGAAGAAGAGAAGUUGUUGCAGGAUUUAACUAAGAAAGUAGGAAUCCGGGGGAUUAGCAGAAGUCUGGAUUUUGACUAUGAGAGGAGGAAAUUGAGAAGGCACGAUCGCCUGAGCAAGAGCACACAAUCUCCUCCAAGAGAAAGCAAGGAAAAGGUCUUGAUGAAAAGGCUUCCUUCGGGGGUUCCAAUUGUUGGUUUUGGCAUGUACAAAGAGAAAGCAUUGGAUGUUAUCGACAGAGUUGACAGUCUCAGCUAAUCUGUAAGAUGACGAGAGUGCAGGAGAGAAUACCGAUAACACGGGUAAUGAGGAGGCAUUGGCAUAUAAAUAAUGUUGUUUCUGCAGUUACUAGCAUAAAAGGGGUGUUCAGGUCGUGCCACACUCGGAAUGGCAUCCAAGACUUUUUGGCGAACCUUUCAAUCUUUACAUUUCCUUGAGCUAAUUACGGCCCUUUUACUCAGGCUUCUAUUGUAAAAGAGUGUCUGUUGGAUGCCAUGUUUAUAAUCU